UACGACCCGACGCGUGACUAUUGUAAUACACGGCCACACGCGGCGCCCCCCUCCCUCUAUGAACAAACUAUCAAAGUCCAUCGGGUGAUUUGAUUGCGCAACAAAACGUGAAAACCCAAACUUAUUUUACCAGAUUCCCCUGCGUUAAUCUUUGUUCUUUUCGCGUACACUCCCACUGAGAGAAAGCCACAACACAGAAAAAACGAGAGAGAGAGAGAGAGCGCUUUUAAUGGCGGAGAAGCCAGAGGCGGUGAAGGUGUUAUACUGUGGAGAAUGUGGUUUACCAGCUGAAUAUUGUGAAUUUGGACCUGAAUUUGAAAAAUGCAAACCCUGGUUGAUCCAAAAUGCUCCUGAUAUUUACCCUGACCUUCUUAAAGAGUCUAGUGCUAAAGAAGCUGAUAAGGUGUCUGAUCAGCUGCAGUCCACUUCAAUUUCUGCUGGUGGCUCUUCAACAUCUCAACCAGAAGAAGUAAAGCGACUUCCGGGCGGGAAAGUUAAGAAGAAGGACAGGAAAGAAGUUGUUAUUGAGAAGGUUGUACGGAAUAAGCGAAAAUGUAUCACUACUGUGAAAGGAUUGGAGCUUUUUGGUGUUAAACUUAGUGAUGCUUCAAAGAAGCUAGGGAAAAAGUUCGCAACUGGGGCAUCCGUUGUUAAGGGACCAACGGAAAAAGAGCAGAUUGAUGUUCAAGGGGAUAUAGCCUAUGAUAUUGUGGAAUUUCUUACAGACACUUGGCCUGAUGUUCCAGAAUCUGCAAUAUUCUUCAUCGAGGACGGGAAGAAGGUUCCAGCAGCUUGAAUCUGAAAGUUGAAUGAAAGAAACUGAGAAGUUCAGUCAUCACCAGGCUUUCAUUACAAUACAGAGCUAAGACCUUGUGAAUUAUGAACCGGGGUUUAUUUAUCUGGGGAGAAGUUUCUGCACAGGAGGUAUUUUUUUCUUUUGUUAUUCCGACGACAGUUUCCCCCUUGUAUCUUAGGUUCUAAGUUAACAUUUUUAAUUGGGUGAAGUAUAUCUGACAGUAAUUCAGCAUCUGCUUGAAGAUGUGUAACAGUAGCUGCAGUAGUUGGAAUUUGUAAUUUCCAUUACGUGAUCUACUAUGCUUCUUGAACUUUAAUCACAUACUUAUAUUUUCGGGAUUUUUGAGCAA